ACCGCCUCGUAACGUGGAGCUGCAGCGGUCCCCUGCUUCCACAGCGAUGACCACAGUCUCGGUUUGAAGUGUGUGGAGGGGAAACACGUUGAACCUUUAGCCGCAUCUCCUGCCAGCGUCCGCCGCUGUCCGCUUGGCACGCGUAAAAGACGAGUCGAGCCCAGCUAGAUGGGGCUGGGGAAGACGCGUAAGAAACUGCACUCGCUCCGAACACAAACUCCGAGCUUUUUUGUCAGCGAGCUACCUCCGAAGAAAGGUUCGUUGUCAGAGUGGAGCCGCUACUUUGAGCGGAUUUCUCAUUUCGCCGUAACGCGACAUUACACAGUUGGCACCUUGCGUCAUAACAACUAAUCGCUAAAGUUUAGCACAGAAACCUGAGAUGAAGAGUGGUGAGAGCGCUGAUGCGGUGGAGGUGUACUCGCAGCUAUGCGCCCCGCUGACGGUAACACUCAGCUGUUUUAACUCCCCCGUUUUCAUCCAUAGAGUUUAGAUCUGCCUCCGUCAACAUCUUGCUGCGCCUCAAGGCUGCGCACACCCACUGUGAGGAAUAGAUCACCUGGAUCUCUUUUCCUCUGGACAAAUGUGAAUGGAUUUUCAGGGACACUUAACUGAAACUGGGGUAUUGGAACCAGAAAAGUUUUCAACUCCCUGUUUUUGGCCACUCGGCCAGUCUGCGUAAAUGCUCUCCACUUUGAUUUCUGCGCAAGAAAUGCAUCUGCAUGGCGAUAUUUAAAUCGCCGCGGUAAAAUCCCUCCAGGAUCUGCUUUUAUUUGUUUGAAAUUUGAAGACACAUACACGUGGAGAAGAUGAACCUGUGUAUCGUCAGUCUUCUGCUCACUUUGGAUUUAGCCACUGUGGCGCUCAGUUUGUCCACAUGCAGCACGCUGGACAUGGAUCAGUUCAAGAAGAAGCGCAUCGAGGCAAUUCGAGGGCAGAUCCUGAGCAAGCUGAAGCUCACCAGCCCCCCGGUGGACUUCCCCGAGCCCGAGGAGGUGUCCCGGGACAUUGUGGCCAUAUACAACAGCACCAGGGACCUGCUGCAGGAGAAAGCCAACGAUCGGGCGGCGACGUGCGAGCGGCAGCGCAGCGAGGAGGAGUAUUACGCCAAGGAGGUGCACAAGAUCGACAUGUAUCCCUUCUACCCGUCAGAGAAUGUCAUCUCUGCAACUCAUUUCAACCCUUACUUCAGACGGCUGACAUUUGAUGUUUCCUCUAUGGAGAAGAAUGCAUCCAACCUGGUGAAGGCUGAGCUCAGGAUCUUCCGUCUUCAAAACCCUGUGGCCAGAGUGUCUGAGCAACGCAUCGAGCUCUACCAGAUUUUAGGACACAAAGAUCUGACUUCCCCUACACAGCGGUAUAUUGACAGCAAGGUGGUACGAACACAAACAGAGGGAGAGUGGCUGUCUUUUGAUGUCACAGAGGCAGUGAGUGAAUGGUUGAACCACAGAGACAGAAACAAUGGAUUCAAGAUCAGCCUGCACUGCCCCUGCUGCACAUUUGUACCAUCAAAUAACUACAUUAUUCCCAACAAGAGUGAAGAAUUGGAGGCACGGUUUGCAGGUAUUGAUGACAGCUUCAUUCAUGGUGGUGACCUAAAGGUAUUUAAGAGGCGGCGUCACAGUGCUCGGGCUCCACACCUUCUCCUCAUGCUUCUCCCUUCAUACCGGCUGGAGUCCCAGUCCCGGCACAAGAACCAUAGAUCCAAGAGGGCCCUGGAUGCUGCCUACUGCUCCAAAAAUGUGCAGGACAACUGCUGCUUGCGUUCACUCUACAUCGAUUUUAAGAAGGACCUGGGCUGGAGGUGGAUCCAUGAGCCAAAGGGAUAUGAGGCCAACUUCUGUGCCGGGGCAUGUCCAUAUCUAUGGAGUGCUGACACGCAGCAUUCCAAGGUAUUAGGCCUUUAUAACACCAUCAACCCUGAAGCAUCAGCGUCACCCUGCUGCGUCUCCCAGGACCUGGAGCCCCUCACCAUCCUCUACUACAUAGGCAAGACUCCCAAAAUAGAACAGCUCUCCAAUAUGAAGGUCAAGUCCUGCAAGUGCAGCUAGAACCCCUAACAGGCCAGCAUCAACACUAGAUCCCCUGCCACACGCACACACACACACACUCUAUCACACACACACACAAACUACAUACAAACAGUCAAGCCAUGACUCUACUGUACAGUGUUUACACACAGGUAGGGUCAGGAGGCGUGUGAAUUACAGAACAAUUUAGUGGUACUUCAUUGAGUACACAACACACAUGAUCCGUGCUUCACCAGAAAACCUGACUUUGAUACCAAUGCUUUAAGGCUGAUAUAAACAGAGUUGCGCUGCACUAUGUGGGCGACAUAGGUUCACAAUGCCUAAUGUUGAUAAUAGCAAGUUGUGCCGAAUAAAGGUUGAGUCCAGGUCAAGGCAGCAGGUGGUAGUGUAAUGUUUGGCUGUCCAAUCGUCAAGAGCUGUUGGCUAUCCAACAUCAACAUGCAGCUUUUUUACACACAUCAAACCCCCUCCUGGAGGAGAACCAGAGCAGCCAUUCAGUGCUGCACAAGUAUCAAUUUCAUUGGGGCCUUAUUCCAACCAACUGUUCAUAAGAAGAAAUUUAUUUUUCAAACCCAAUUAUGCAGGUAUCCACCCUCUAGUCCAGAUGCUCAGCUGACAGUACAGCCGCAAGUGCUGAGUUUCCAGUGAUGGUCCCCAAGCGCUGGUCCAGCUCAGAUAACUCUGGACAGCCUGUCCCCCUCCCCUUACCUUUUCCCUUUCCCCCUCUCUCCACUGUGUUUGACAAUAUUUCUUUUGACUUCAGAUUUGAGAUCAGAUCACUUUUUCUACAUCAUCAACUGUGCCACUUUCUCCCGAUAGAGCUUUCACUGAACAUGUAACUGCUUCUCAUUUAGCGUUGUUUUAUAUCCAUUGCUAAUGCUACAAACUUAACAGGUUUUUAACCUCUGCUGUGCCACGGUCUUAAGAUUUUUAUUUAGGCAUUCUCGACUCCUUAAAUUUCCCUUUAAAUUUCUGUAAUCUCUGUGAUUUCUGUGAUUUCCCGCAAUUUCAUGCCCUAUUAUGGGCAUAAACUUGGCAUGUGCCUUUGCUAAUUAGGAAUAACAUAAGAACAGAACAUAAGUGUGAACAAAUCAGCAGUUUAAUGACGUAAGGAUGUAAGGUUUGUCAGGUACUUCCUUUAGAACUAAUUUAAGAGGCCAUUGGUUAAUGGCCAAACAAAUCAAACACUUAAUUUUUAUCCUACAGCAAGUGAAAAUCAUGAAAUAUUCUAACAUAUGAAAUGAGAAGCUUUUCAUUAUGUACCGCUGUUUAUUGUUGAAAUGGAUCCUUCUAGCACCUACAGUAUUUCUAAACCAGAUUAAAUGGAAUGGGAACCAGUCGAUGAUGAUUAUUUAGUUGAUGCAAAGUAACACCAAGUGAAGUGGCUUCA